GUCAACAUGGCGCCGAGGCAACGUGGGAAAACGGCGUCUUCGUCCAAGACGGCGGAUAAACACGAAGAUCCCGAGGAGAACAUGAGUCUGUUCGUGGAUUCCAGUGACGACGAGGCUCCGGACGAGAUGACGUUCGAGGAGUCGAAGCUGGCGGCGCUGCGCUGCGUGAAGGAGGCGCUGGACUGCGCCCGGAGGGAGAAGGAGCAGCUGAAGGAGAAGAGGAGGAGGAGACAGGAGCUGUUCCAGGAGCAGAAGAAGCGACGACUCUUACCGGCGGACGUGUUGGACAAGAUCGACGGCUCGACUUCCAAGAAUCAGAAGCCGUCUGAAAACCAAGGUGAAGAGCAGCAGCAGCAGGAGGAAAAGCAACAGAAGAAGAAGAAGCAGCAGAAGAAGAAGAAGAGCGGGAAGUUAGCGCAUAUACGAAAUCUGAAGGGAAACUACAAGGUGACGACCGUGAAGGAGCCGGCGUCGGCGACCUUCCAGCAGCAGGCGGCCGAGCUGUUCAUCCAGGCCCGGCUCUACGGACCCGGCAGCUGCAGAACCACAAACAACGAGCUGCUCUCCCUCCAGAACAAGAAGGGGAGGAAUAAAAGUGCAGCCGUGCAGUUUGUGAAGAAAGACUGGGCCUCUAAAGAAAGAGCCAAAGCAGAGAAGCUGAAGAAGCGGUGGCUCCACAAGCAGCAGAUUCCCUCCGGCUGACCUCUGGUUGACCUCUGGCUGACCUCCGGCUCCAGAUUCCUCGGAGCUCCUCUGCACCGGCUGCUCGUGGAUUUAAAGAGGACACAGAACAUGGCUGAAGUCCCAGGAAACCAAGGGACGGACGUGGUUUAAAGUCCUGCUGGGAUGCAGGCUGGACUUAAUGUGGAGACACUAGCAGGACAAUGUGCAGCUGAAUGCAGGGGGGG